UAAUCACGAAAGGGUAAAACACAAGUAAGGCGCCAAGGCUAGGGUUUAUGAUGCAAACACCUCUCCAUAUAAAUAUUUGUUAGAUUACGUUUAGGGUUUGGAAACUUGGGAGGUCGAUUGUCAAGCUUCUACACGAAUCUGAGAAAAAUGCCGAAGCAGAUACAUGAGAUCAAGGAUUUCCUUCUCACUGCGAGAAGGAAAGAUGCACGGUCUGUCAAAAUUAAGAGGACCAAAGAUGUGGUGAAGUUCAAGGUUCGCUGCUCCAAGUACCUAUACACAUUAUGUGUUUUUGACUCAGAGAAGGCUGAUAAGCUGAAGCAGUCUCUUCCUCCAGGUUUGAGUGUGCAAGACCUGUAAAAAUGAGUAGAGGUGGAAUAUGUACGAGACAUUAUGGGCAGGAACUUGUUUUUAUUUCUAUCCUAGUUGUUGAUGUGAAUUUUGAAUUUUACUUCUUCCAAUGUUAGAACAAUGUUCUUUCUAUCACCCGAUUGUAGUACUCUGAUAUUUGGCAAGAGUCAGGAUGCACUGUCUUAUAUUUUUCUUUUGUCAAUUUGAUCAAUCUUGUCAUAUCCUAUGUUCCAGCACCUAUCUGGAGCUGAUAGUUGGGAUGCAACUGUUGUUUGGGUCUUGUUUAUGGGCGAAUUUGAUUCACCAAUGAUGAAUUUGAUGCAUGAAUAUUUAUACUGA